AUGUCGCAGGCUGAGGCUACGCGUCCUGAAUCCAUUGACCAAGAUCGUCGGAGGGAUGACAAGAAGCCCAAGAGCCGCCGACCGGCGAAUACUGCUUUCCGCCAGCAGCGACUGAAAGCAUGGCAACCAAUCCUCACCCCGAAAAGCGUGCUGCCUCUGUUCUUCAUCGUUGGCAUCGUAUUUGCCCCCAUCGGCGGUGUCCUUCUUUGGGCCAGCUCCCUCGUUCAAGAGAUUUCCAUCGACUAUUCCGACUGUUCAAGGUUGGCACCACUGGAUCACGACGCCCCCGUUCCCACGUACUCCGCGACUUUCAAAUCCAAAAUACAAGGUGUCCCUACAUGGCAGCGCUCGAUCGACAAUUCUACCGACGCUACCACCUGCACAUUAAGAUUCUACAUCCCGGAUGACCUUCCAGCGCCCGUUUUCAUGUACUAUCGUCUCACCAACUUCUACCAAAACCACCGUCGCUACGUCCAAUCACUCGACCUGAACCAACUGAAGGGGGAUGCUGUCUCCUAUGGCACACUCAAAGGUGGUACAUGUGAUCCUCUAGCAGUUAAUGAAACAUCCAGCAAGCCAAUUUAUCCUUGUGGAUUGAUUGCCAAUUCCAUGUUCAAUGACUCGAUUGGUAACCCCCAAUAUCACUCGCCCGAGGGGUCGGCAAACGGAAACCCGGAUCCCUACAAUAUGACCAAGACUGGUAUCGCGUGGCAAAGCGACAAGGAGCUAAUCAAGACAACCAAGUACACACCGGAAGAGGUAUCGCCCCCCCCGAACUGGGGUUGGGCCCUGGAUAACGGCAGUUACACAAAAACAAUGCGUGAGCUACAGGAUAAUGAAGAUUUCCUGGUCUGGAUGCGAACCGCAGGGCUGCCAUCAUUCAGCAAACUUUCUCGUCGCAACGACAAUGAAUCCAUGUCGGCCGGUCUAUAUUCGCUCGCCAUCGUUGACUAUUUCAACGUUACAGAAUACUCAGGCACCAAGUCAAUCCUGAUAUCUACUCGAACCGCGCUUGGAGGCAAGAACCCGUUCAUGGGGAUUGCCUAUGUGGUGGUUGGAGGAGUCUGUGUGCUUCUUGGAGCCCUGUUCACCGUUGCACACUUGGUGCGCCCAAGGAAACUCGGUGACCACACCUAUCUCACCUGGGACUCGAAUCAACCGAGUACUGGGACUGCCACGGGGCGGGACGACCGAUUCGGCAAUGGGCCUUAG